GUGGGCAUGAGAAAUUUCCACAUCAGACCCAACAAGAAAUGGUGUCCCAUUAUCAACUUGGACAAACUCUGGUCCUUGGUCACUGAACAGACAAGGAAGACCUACAAGGACAACAAAGACGGAAAGGCGCCAGUCAUUGAUGUUGUGCGAGCUGGGUACUACAAGGUGUUGGGGAAGGGAGUACUACCCAAGCAACCAGUGAUCGUGAAGGCAAAGUUCUUCUCAAGGAGUGCAGAAGAGAAAAUCAAGGCUGUUGGUGAAAAGGAAGAAGCAUGUCUGGAGCAUCAAUUGCUGAUGGUUCAAGAAAAGGCACUGAUGAAGGACCUUCAGUCAUACUUCCGUCACCGCAUGGCCCUCAUGCUCCAAGGCUCUUUCAUUCCAUUCAACAUGUCCAGGGAUUCCCAAACCACACAGGCAGUGAACUGGCUCAUUGCAGAACAUCUUGUUCAUUACAACUACCACUUUACCCUUUCAGUGAUGAAAAGUGAAGCUCCUAUCCAUGACAACCUUCCAAAGAUAUCUGCAGCUAAGUCUGAAGGUGUUAGGCAAGUGCUAAGUGUGGUUCCUUCUGCCAUUUCAAAUGUAUGCAACAUUCUGGGCCUGAAUCCAAGGGGAAUCAUGUCAGAGUAUCAAAGGGGCAGAGCAUCUCUGCUUGAGUGCCUUUUGGAGUCAUUAUCACAUGCUGCUGAGACCAAAACAUCCAUGAUUGGGAACUCCAUCCAAGAGCAAGAGAAUUUCCUUCAGAGGCUGCGGUCAGUGGAUGAGCAUUAUGAGAAAUUGAAGAGGGAUGUCUCACCUGGGAAGAAAGAAGCUAUACAGAUGGAAUCCCUGAUGGAAGUUGAUUCUGAAAAGGAGAAGAAAGAUGCAAUGGCUGCCAGAGUGAUUGAGACUCAAGAAGAACUGGAGUUGCUCAAGCAAGAACUGCAGGCUCUCAAGGCUAUCUUUUCGGUCAGUGGAGGAGGAGAAUUAAAAGCAGCAGUAUCUGAAGUUGCAGCUGAAAUGCUCUCAGCUCGAUGUCUCCUGACAGAGCUCAAGUCUUUCAUUGUGCAAGGACCUCAGAGGCAGGCAGAAAUGCAACAGGAAGCUCAGGUCAUUGCAUACAAUCCAAUCCAUGGCAUUUCAGGGGCAGGAUCAACAAGGGAUCAAAAAGAAGACAGUAGUGAUAAGCUUUCUGUCCCAGGAUUGAUGAAGAGUCCAACAGGAAAUGGUCAGAAUCAACACCUGGAGGGGAAAUUAUUGCAACUGGAAGACAAAUUGUCAUCAACGCUGAAAGAAUUGGAGUAUCUACGUCAGGAGCAUCAAGGCUUAAAAUCCUUGAAUCAUGCACUGCAGAAACAGAUGAAGGUGCAACAAAGGCCAGGACCAAGUUUUUCAGAGUCAAGAAUACCCCUUGUGGAGGAGCAGGAUGAGGUGAUUGAAGAUGAAGACUCAUCCUGGUCUAGUGGGACAAAGGAAUUCCUUCAAGGGAGUCGAGAACGGCUGAAAGCCUUGGAAAGGGAAGCAGAAAUGCUGAUGAAAAGAUACCAAGGACGACCGUCAGGGAAAGCUAAUCUCUCAAAUUGUGCCCUGAAGGCGACCAAAAAAAAAGGAAUGACCUUGCAAGAGAAACGCAACUAUGCAUGUAAAGAAGGCGGGAGAGGCGAACACGAUCAAACGGCGAAGGAAAAGGCCUUGCCUGAAGGGAAACGAGCAAGGCAGGAGCUUCGUGCCAGCAGCUACUGUGCGAGAGAAGAAAUCCCCUUCACUUUCUCCUGUGCCGCCAUACGAGGCGGGAGUCAUGUGGUCCUGAUCCUAACAACUCUGGCAUCAGGAGCCGUGAUACCUCCGCCUUGGGCCAACACUGCCACGAAUCCGUGUGCUAAGACUUCCUGGCAAUUGGUUUAUUGGCCUCAAGAUGGGCAGUGUUACAGAAUCUUUCACCAAGGCCCGUGCCCGCCUUCCUUCGAGCUUCGAUUCAACCUGGAGACGACGGCGGCGGAAUGUACGUGUCCUCACGGGACGAAAAUGUGGCUUGGCGAUGGACGAUGUUAUAGGGAAUACGCACGAGGACCUUGUAUGGAGAAUGAGUUUUUCGUUUUCGACGAGGCCGGGACGGGGGAAACUAUUUGCAGGAAACGCUCCCCCUGCCCCGAAGGUCAGCUGUUUUGGCCACGCGAUGGACUUUGUUACAAGAGUCAUUCUCGGGGACCCUGUUUCAAAGGGGAUUUGAUCCACGUGAAUGCAAAGACCGGAGAAGUGGAAUGCGGUUGCGACCAGACUCGAAUGCCCCGUCACUAUUGGCCCUCGGAUCUGGCCUGUUACGAACAUUAUAGCAAAGGUCCCUGCAACGACGGUUACCUGUUCAUCCACAACCGGACGCACGGCUUGGCCCAGUGCAGUUGCAACGAGGCUUUGGUCCAACAUUACCAUCCGGACCUGGAUCAAUGUCACCCAUUGAACGUCCAAGGGCCAUGCGCGCGGGGACAGUGGUACGUGUACGACCCCGAAAUCCAACGACCUCGUUGCACAUGUCGACCGAGGCACGCCCCUUAUAAACAGAAUGGGGGGUGCUACCGAGAAUUCACACGUGGUCCGUGCCCACCUGCUCAAAUGCUCGUCACGCCCGAGGUGUACAAGAAUGAAAAACUCGAAGAACCGUCCUGUGUGGAAGUGCCCUGUCGACCUGGUUGGCUCUACUUCCCCGAAGAGGAAAAGUGUUAUCGAAUUGGAACCCAAGGACCCUGUCCAUCGGGGAAGCUAGUCAUCUACGAACCCUAUCAUCAGACCACUCAACGUGGUACUUGUGCUUGUUCCUCUGAUCUCACUCAGAACUACUGGGAGGACACGAAGGAAUGCUUCGAGACUGGGACCAGGGGGCCUUGUCAGGAGUCGCAAAUCCUGUCUUUCAACCAGACCAGCCAGAAAACGGAAUGCGUCUGUGAUUUCUCCAAGGCCUGGGUCCAGUGGCCCUUGGAUGGGGAGUGCUACAAGCUAGGUUCCCAGGGUCCUUGCAUGGAACAUCAACGACUACAGCUCAACGCGGACACGGAUCACCUGGAAUGCGCGUGCGAACAGGGCUACACCUACGAUUCCAUGUACGGAGCUUGCUUCCCCAAGCCUGCCCUUGAGAUCUUCGGAUAUAAGGAAUUGCUCAAAGUCCGGGCUGCACGCUCAAGGAAGUCACGACCAGUGUCGUUCCACACGUCACAUCAAAGCUGA